GUCCUCCCGAAAUAAACAAAUUGGGGUCCUCUUUUUUCGCCAAAUGCUAGCCACUAUAACGAGAACUCGAGACGGGCUAUUUUGCUCCAUAUACGACAACUCUGGCAACAGUAACACCAGCAAGUUCGUUUUAGACGACCAGAGGAAUGUUCAACAAAGUGAGGUUUAAUCGGUGUCAUUUACGUCCCUAGUGGUCCAUUAUUUGUGUUUUUCUUCCAACGACGAAGGGUGUUUUCUUCGGUCGCCGCUAGCACGGCUCAAUCGUAACAACACAUCCAACAUUUUCACAUUUACCCCUACAAUAACCAGUGAGCUUGGCUUGAAGAUUUACGUCGUUUUACAUUUGAAUUGCGAAGGAGUAAAUGAGCAGUAAUGUCUGGCAUUGCUCUAAGCAGACUGUCCCAAGAGCGCAAAGCUUGGAGGAAAGACCACCCAUUUGGUUUUGUGGCAGUGCCUACCAAGAAUCCUGAUGGGACCAUGAAUCUGAUGAACUGGGAGUGUGCCAUUCCGGGAAAGAAAGGAACCUUGUGGGAGGGAGGACUGUAUAAACUCAGAAUGCUCUUCAAAGAUGACUACCCCUCCUCUCCGCCUAAAUGCAAGUUUGAGCCGCCAAUAUUCCAUCCAAAUGUCUACCCAUCUGGCACCGUGUGUCUGUCCAUCCUGGAGGAGGACAAAGAUUGGAGGCCUGCCAUCACCAUCAAACAGAUCCUGUUGGGAAUCCAGGAGCUACUGAACGAGCCCAACAUUCAAGACCCAGCACAAGCAGAGGCUUACACAAUCUACUGUCAGAACAGGAUGGACUAUGAGAAGCGGGUCAGAGCCCAGGCCAAGAAGUUUGCACCUGCAUAGAUCAGACUACCGGUCUCCUCCCCACCAUGGACAGCCUGACCUAACAGAGCUCGGGACAAAUAGGUGACAAACGGGAGAAUCUGAACGAGCACUCCAACCAGAAUCCACUUUUCUGUAUUAUUUCAUUGGUGGCAUGUAAAAGAUAAUCCCAGCACUUGUAUAUUGGUUGUAAGAUCAACAGUUGCUAGGUAACAAGGAAGCAAGGGAAAUUUCUAUGUAACUCUCUCAAGGCACAUUUGGAAACAAGCAAAAGGAGAGAUUAGGCCUCUUGAUAAACGAGCGCAUGUACAUAUUAUAAAUAAAUACAAUUGUGGAAGUUAUGUUUUAUAUUGUUUUAGCCUGUUGACAUUUGUGUGUGGUAUUAUAAUGAAGACACAAUAUUGUGAACGUUGAAUAAAAGAACAAAAGCCAAUGA